AUGUUUUUAUCCCUGGUGUUCCUGGCUGAACUGAUUGCUGGAAUCUCAGGCUUUGUGUUCCGGCAUGAAAUCAAAGAUACUUUCCUUAGGACAUACACUGAAGCUAUCCAGAAUUACAAUGGCAAUGAUGAAAGAAGUCGUGCAGUUGAUGAUGUUCAGAAAAGUUUGAGUUGUUGUGGUGUUCAGAGUUAUACCAACUGGACCAGCAGUAUUUACUUUCAUGAACAUGGAAUUCCGCCCAGCUGCUGCUCCAACAUGAGUGACUGUAAUCCGUCAGAUAUGCGCAACAUGACUAUCGUUCCACAUAAGGUCUAUCAAAGGGGCUGCUAUGAACUCGUCACUAACUUCAUGGAAACUAACAUGGGAAUCAUUGCUGGGGUGGCUUUUGGAAUUGCAUUCUCACAGCUGAUUGGAAUGUUGCUGGCAUGCUGUCUUUCCCGGUUCAUCACUGCAAAUCAGUACGAGAUGGUGUAA